CACGUCUGGGUGCGCUUAUUCGCUGACAAACCCGCUUCCCUUUCCGGUCGGAGGAAGGUAAGCCUUAGCGUUUGUAAAAUCCUAGCUGGUGAUUUACAAGAAGAACUACUCAUCUUCCCGUCAAGCUGCUUCCAACGAUAGCCAUUGUUUAGUUGCUUAACUUUGAUUUUGCGAUACAUCGAGCCCAUUUAACGUCUCAAACGCCUUGCUUCGAUGUCCUCGCGUGGUUUAUUGUGUGAAAGUGGAACGAGUAGUAGAGCUUGGCGAGCUGAGCUAUUCGAUUUCAUGUCUGUUUCACUAAAUCGAACGUGUUGUUUAUACGUUCUUUCCUGUUCAAUAAUUCCAUAUAAUUGAAUUACUUUAGUGAUUUUAACACUAAGGUAAGAAGGACGAGCUGAAACCACUUAUUCUUAUAACCACUCAUAAGAAUUUGUAACGUCGAAACAGUCGAACACAGCUGCACAGCUUAUUUAUGUUUCGAAACACUCGUGUUCAAGCGUGUCAUUUGUCUCUGGCAUCUACAAUUGGUUUAUACUCUACUAUUACUUCCUUGUGAAAUGCAAAUGCCCCCACACAAUGCCCCCAAAUGUUAUCUUCAUUUCUCUUUCCAUUAACCUUUCUAUGGCUCGUUACCAAAUUAGGAUUGAUUUAUAGCAAACCGAUCGCUCACAAAGUGAGAGGAGACUUAGUAAUUUCCAAGCUGCUCAAAACUUUCAUUUACAUUUUGUUCCCUGGACAAAAAGCAUUUAUUAAAAAAAGCUUGAAUUUUAAAUUGACACGAGACAGUUCUAGUUUCAGUUACUAGGUAUAUGCUUGUACAAGUAAAUCUUUUAAUUUAUGAAGUUCGUUCAUUGUUAAUUCCAGUACAUCAAUUUUAAUGGUUUUUUCCCACCUCUUACAUCUGAUAAGUGUCAUUAAUUUCUCACCUGAUCUUACUGUACUGUUAUAGGACACACGAAAGUGCUCUAACCAGCCUCACAUGAUUUGUUUUACUAUUUUAUUAUUUUUAUUUAUUUAUUUGAGAAAACACAGACAUGGCACUAAGUCUUUUUUGGAGGGGAUCCAUCAAAUAGAUCUAGCCAAAAAAUAAAUUACCAGAAAAAAAUCUGCUUUGUAAAAAUUUACUUCAUGAUGUAGUAGUUAUUGCUAGAACAAAACUAAAGAUGAAAUGAAAUGUCAUUACAAGUCACCACAUUAGAUAACUUAGAAGGAUGUUACAGAAAAAGUAAUUUUUGUUUGUAGCAUGUGCUUUGUACCAUUACAUGUGCUUAGAUUAUCUUGUUUAUUAAAAAUCAUUCACACAAAUAUAGACUGUGAGUAGUCUCUCUUUUUCUUCAGAUUUAGUGAGAGGAAUGUGCACGAGCAUUGAGCUCAGCGAAGCCGCGAGAUGUGAGAAACGAGGGCAGCAGCCCAAGAAGAAAAACAAGAGACUGCUCAUAGCUAUUGCAAAUGAGUAAUAAUAAACAUUGGCCUCACAACACAAAAUAUGAUUAGCUGAUACUAGAAGUGUUGACAACAAAAUUAAUUGUCAGUAAUCAAAACUGUUGACAAGAUGAUGAUGGCUGAAGCACUGCACUAACGUUUGUUAUGUUUCCCGAAAAUACGAAUGUUAGAUACAGAGCUAGAGUAAAGAAAAGCGUUAGAAGGUCUCAUGUUGGGACUAGACGUGAUCACAAAUAUAAUAUUUAAAUCUUCACUAAGACUUAAUCAUAGUAGCAAUUGACAAGGAACACUUUAGUUUCAAAACUACUGUCCUGCUUUAGAACUUGUAAAAGAAAGUGGCAUGGACUGGAAGAAUCUCAGACUGUUUAGCAAUUAUCAAUGGAUGAACUCCAGGACAUCUCGCUAUGGUCCAAAUACUCGCGUUAUAUCUCAUGCAAAAAAUCGGCACCGAAAGAAUGUCAAUAUUGACUGACUUACAGCACAAUUCUCCAUAGUUGGCUUGGCUUUGGUUAAGCUACAAUUAGGAUAUGUAGAACACUAUUCUGUGAGAAUUCAACAUCCUGCGAACAACGAAAGAGCUAGGCCUAGGGUGAUCCCAUUGAAAACAUAAACCACAGUAAAUGACUUAUCAAUAUGUGAGAAACAGACUAGCUAUAUGACCUCUAAAUGUGAGACUAGCGACCAAAAUUAAGGUUUGCUCAGUCAAUUCUUUUAGAAUUGAAUCUUUGCACUGCAGAACUUAUAUGUUAAAAAGAAAAGAAAGAAAACCCCAUAAAAACUUCUGGUGUUCAAGCAAACUCUAAGGUCACAUAUUGGAUACAGUUAAUUAGAUUUCAGUUUUUACACCUAAAAAUCACUAGACCAUGAAACACUGGUGGUAGUCUCUCUUUUUUUGUGCCUCUCCAGUCUCAUGCCUUCAGUCAUGCGGGUGGUCAUUUGAGUGUCUCACGUGCUUUUGGCUCGACAGGCUGAGAAAUAAGAGAGACUGCUCGUAGUACAUCACAAUUAUUGCUCAGGUAAUUCAUUUUUGUGUUUAUCAAAUCACUUAACAUGAACAAAAAAGUAUCUUUGGGAGCAGUUUCGGCCAAAGGUAUGCAGAAUUUAGGCAGAGAUAUAGCUGAGAGACAAACUACCAGUGAAUUUAACCAGCUGAAAAUGAACUUACCAAAUGAGUGCGGUGAAUAUGUAAUGUCGUAGUCCAAAAAAGUAAACCAAUCAGAUUACUUAGAAUGCCAAGAUCACUGGUUGUAUAUACUAAAAUAAUAUAAUGAAGCACACGUGAUUGUUGUUUGAUAAGAUCGUUAUUAUUUAUUUAUUUAUUUAUUUAUUUACUUUUUUUUUGUUAUUAUCAGUUCAUGUCAAGCAUCCUGUUAUGGGGAACCUGCUUAGACUGUUAACAAGGGAAGAUCAGGAUUCAAGUGGAGGCAAAGGAGACAUAUUCUUAGAUUUUGAAAGUAAGUAUUUAUUGAGCUCAGCACUCUGUGGAAGGGCGUUGUUAGUUAUUGGCCAUGUAAAGGUUGCACAUGAGACUGGAUUGGUGUUGCGGGCCUGCAAAUUUUUUUUUUCUUUAAACAGGACUCCUGAUAAGGAGCGUGGUUGUGGGACAGAGCAAUUAAGAAAAACCCGCACAAAUCUGGCACAAUUAAUUCCUACAAAUCCACUCAAUACUGAGUGACUGACUUUUAGAGUGCGCAGAAAGAAUCAUUUCACCAAGGUUUUUGGAAACUUUUGGGCACGUUUCAUAAGCCAUUUCCUUUCUGAAGCUAGUGACUCACAGAUCAGAAUUUGUCUGUCAACUGAUGUGAAGCCCUUGUUCAACAAAUGUGGAGUUACAGUGUAUCAUGUCACUGUAUCGUGCCAUUGUUCAACAAUGCUGAACAUUGUGAAGUGAGAGAUUAGCAAAUAAGAGAUGCCAACCUCCGCAGAUCUAAAAUCUGGAGAGAUUUGGAUUUAUUUUUUGGAUUGGACAUUAUUCCUUUUUUUUGUAUUACUAUUGAGUAUGUGAAGUUAACAUUAAGUGCCCGUUGUAGGACGCUGCAUGCUCAGGUACCCAACAGUAAACGUUAUAAUAGUUUUCCAGUCUAAAAACAGAAGGUACUAAAAUCUGACUUUCAUUACUCCUAAAUCUUAAAUGACAGCUUAUAUUUAACCUUAAAAUUGGGUCACAAACAGUGUCAAUGACGGUACAGAUUCAGGUGGCAAACUCUCUGACUGUGGUAGGUGAGUCAAAACCUACUGAGCAGUUUAUCUAUAAGUUCUACUACCAUGAUACCUUCUCAAGACACAGCUACCCUUAAAUGACUGGAGACCGCCUUCCCCCUCCCCGUAACACAAACAUCUUUUAAAAUGUUACUUUUUAAACAGAUUAACACAAAACCUCCAACUGAUUCACAAGUUGGCUCAUAGAGCCCUUUGAUUUAUGUAUGUACUGUAACUAUAUAUUUUUUUAACGUAGAUGCCUCUCCCACUGAGCCAGAGCGGAGAGUUUAUGAUGUGGUAAAAAGUGUAUUGGAUGAAGCACAGCGGAUUCUCCAGGAGUUACGAAGUUAUCAAGGUGCUAAUGAGGAGAUAAGACAAGUAAGUAAAUUUGCGUAUUAUGUUUUUAUUUGCAGUCAUCAGGAAUGUCACUAAGAUUUCAAGUUGCCAGGUAAAGACAACAAUUAGGAGGAAAAUAAAACAGCCAGGGAUUUCUUUUGGUUCUAUUUUUCUUCUAUUUUCCUAUGAAAGUAACUGUGGGAAAUCUCCGGUCCCCGCCUCUUAAUGACAUCCUUGAGACAUUCAAAAAACUUUUCAUACUCACUGUGCAAGUCUUCCAAAGGUGGGUGACAAAAAAGAUAUCAGACCUUAGGACCCUCAAAAACUCCUGCCCCCAAAACAGUCAGACUCCCUUGAUGUCUUGAAAAUCAUAGCCCAAACCAAUGUUUUCAAAUAUUGCAGUGUUAGAAUGUAUUUUCUUGGAGGAGAGGGGGGAGGGGUUGAGCUUGAUACUUUUGUCAUGUCACAAUCUUGUUAUGGCCAAAGGGUGUGACUUGUUUGUUUCAACAGUACAUGUACAUGUACAGCUGUAGCUAUCUCAUGACAAAGAAGAAUUAGUAUCAUGCAACACACCUCUCCCUUCCACAAUAAUAAUAGUUCAUUAUUUUUUUGCGAAAAUCUGGUAGUAGUAAUUGUCACUAAAACUUCAAAAAUUAUUGUUAGGUUAAGUUAAAGUUACUCAAUGAGACAGCUUCAAAGAAAUUAGUUUUUCAGAAUACUGAUUAUUUGAAAACACUGAUUUAAGGGUUCACACGCACCUUGAAAAUCCCCUGAAGUCCUUGAAUUUUAAAGAAAAAUUUAAGGCCUUGAAAGUCCUUGAAUUUUAAUGCUAACUUAAUAGUUUACUUAAUAGCUUACUUUCCAUCUUCCUGCCAAGGAAAUUAAGAUUUAAUUUGAAUUGUUGUAAAGUCCAUCUCCUUGUAUUUUAAUAACAUGCUUGAUGUUUUUUGUCUUUUCUACCUUUCUUUGUUCCAGACUAUAUUUAGUAUUGUUUUUCACAAGAUUAACGUAGAUGGUAGGUUUGGAGAGAUUAACUGGUUCAUUCCAUUUUUGGCUGCAGGCAAUUUCAAAUGCGUUUGAUGAACAACUUCAAGAAUUAGCUUGGAAGGCAGUGGUACCUCUUGUUGGAAAACUGAAAAUGUUUUAUGAGUAUGGUUUAGAAGUUGGUAAGUGACAUAACUUGUCACUGUAGCUACACACCUGAGGAUAGACUGAGUGUCUAAGGAGACUAGCUCUUUAUUAAAUAUUACGAGAGAGUAACUUGCGUGAGGGUAGUUGUGUGUUUGCACCCAAAAUUCUCUCUUCACUAUUAUUAUUUUUAUGCUUUUACAACCUUUUUACCGUUGUUGUUGAACCUCCAUGUGUGUCUACCCUCCCAUAAGCGACCACCUCCCAUUAGUGACCACUUCUCCAAAACACCAUAAACUUUUCCCAGUUGAAGGCUUACAGUUGUAACCUCUUGUAACUCACCUCCUCCUGUGACUGCAACCACUUUUAGAGGAUAACCAUUUUUAUCGUUUUUAAACUCUUGAAAGGGACUUCUUAAUGUAUAGUCUGAUCGAUCUCUAUAUUUGCUGUAUGUACAAUGCUGUUCUAUAUAUGGUAACUUAAAAAUUGCAUGCAAAAAAUAUACCGUAAAAUUCCGAAAAUAAGCCCCUCCAUGUAUAAGCCCCUCCAAAUAUAAGCCCCCCAAACUCAUAACGCAAAAAACCCUCCGUUAAAUCGCCCCUCCAAAUAUAAGCACCGCCGGGGGCUUGUACUUGGAAAUUACCCUCAAAUACAAAGCAAAACAAAGAAAAAACGGUAAAUUUCAUUCCAACUAUGAGGCUAGCCCAGUCGAUUUUGAAACGCAAAUUUCCCUCCGUAGAUAAGCCCCUCCGAAUAUAAGCCCCUCCAAAAAUAAGCCCCUCAAAAAGGGCCUUUGAAAAAUAUAAGCCCCGGGGCUUAUUUUCGGAAUUUUACGGUAUUUCAUAAAGUAGAUGAGUCCCGACUGCUUCUCAGAAGAGAACCCCCGUGAUUCAAUUCUCGUUAGCAUCCACUUCCUGUUAUCAACCACAACAGGGUUCGUACAGGUCAUGGAAAACCUGGAAAGUCAUGAAAUUUGAGAAUCUCAUUUUCCAGGCCUGGAAAGUCAUGGAAAAUUAAAGCUAUGUCUGUUAGAUUAGUCGGUGCAAUGGUCUUUUUUCAUUUAAUACUUCACCCUGCAGCUCCUAAAUAUGCUUUUCAUUUAUUCGUUAUUCCAUAUAUUUAUAAACUGUACUGUCUGUUGUGUUUGUAGAGUCUGUUUUGCCGCAACUUCUUCAUGCACUUUGUUCUGGACCAGAGACACCACUGGAACACCUUGAACGUCAGCAGGUAACAUUCUCUCUGAUUUAAUCCCCCUCCACCUUUCUACAAAAUUUUCUUUUUUGUUUGUUUGUUUUCACGAAGGGCAAAAACAACUUUGAAUUCCUACGAGACUGCAAAAUGUUGCACAUUAACACCCAGUGUAAAUGUCCAGUCAGAUUCCAAUAUUGUGCUAAGGCAUUUACCUAAAAAUUAACAAGAUAAAAGAGUACUAUUUGUAUUUCAGGGCUGUAAUUUCUGCCAUCACAAUGUCUAAAUAAGCUGGUUCCCUUUUGAAACAAGAAACGAUUGCAAUCAGUUUGGUGCUAGGACCAUUUCCAUGGCGUCCAAAAGUUCUUUUUUUACAAUAAAUCAUGAAAAAAAUGGUGUUGCUGUGGAUACCAGAAAGCAACAACAGCACAGUAUUCAUGUAACUUUCCCCUGUACAAACAGGUGCCCAAAAAAACACUCCCUGACCCCCCCUAAAAUUGCAGUCUAAAUUGGGGUGUGGUUUAUCUUUAAGAACACUUUGAGGAGAAGUUGUAAAUUUCCUUGAAUUGUGGGAAAUAUUUUACUAGAGAAAGUAGUACUGAUGAUUUUCAUGUUCAUAGACAUGCCCUUUUUCACGAAAGUUUGGGGCUUAAAUUUUUUGGUGGAUAUCCUGUCAUCUUGACUAACCAAUCUUGAUCAAGAAAAAAGCAUUAUCAUAUGGUAUUUUUUGUCCUUCUCUGACAGGCACUUGCAAAGCAGUUUGCAGAAAUUCUCGACUUCACACUUACAUUCGAUGACUUAAAGGUAAUUUUAGGCAUUACUGUUCCUCCUUGAUGUAGGUUGUUAAGGGAAAGGAACUGGGAAUUCAUGUAUUCAUGGCAUUACAUGUAUAAAAUUCUGAAAAUUAAUCACUAUCCCGCAGACAAGUAUUAGGAAUUUAAACCAUAAUGUUAUUCACUGUAUAGAGAUUUAUGGUCUCAUCCACUUUUUGAACAUUUGGGCCAUGGUUGUUAGAACUGAUCCUGUCACCUUAAAGCAACGUUAUGUCAGUUCCAUGAGCAGACGAGCAGGGCAGUCAUCAUGCCUUUGUGGAGUUCGUGUGAAACAUUGGCUGAUUAAUUUUCUUCUUAUGGUUUUUUUUCAUUAACAUUUCAGAUGACAAAUCCAGCAAUUCAAAAUGAUUUUAGUUACUACAGGAGAACACUAAGCAGAAGAAAAAUGGCCAAUGCGGUAAGAUGCUUAUACUUUUAUUGUUGUUGCUUACUUUUAUUAUUGUGGUUGGGUCAAAUACCUCAAAAAUUACCAAAGUAAAACCCCUUCAUUUUAAACCACCCAAAUCCUGAAACAGCAUAGGGCGUGGUUACUUUCUGAAGCAACACAUGAAUUUUAAAAAAACUGCCAGUUUCUGAUCUCUGUUUGAGACUUAAAGAAUCCAGCAUAUAUAAUUAGGAAAUUGAAUAAUUUUAAUUUUCAGUGGAUAAAAACCUUGUACUAGAUUAUUUAAGCCAUAUCGCAUUCUUGUUCUACAGUUUUCAAGGGCUAUAUAGAUGUAAUUAUUAGUCAUCUGUAAUAACACCAAAGACAAUUUCUUAUAGUAGCCAGAAAAAAAUAACUUUCUUAAUUUCACAGGAAUUGAGAAAACACCAGUAAAAUCGUCAAGCAUAAGAUUUCAUUUUGUGAAUUAAAUUUGAGGCUUUUGAAGUCUUUUUUUUAGCUCCCAUAAGAAACUUUUCUUUGGAGUUAUUUCGUACAACUUAUUACAUUUACUGUAUAGCCGGUGAAAAGUGUGAAAAAGAGUGCAAUAUGCGUGAAAUUAUUCUGGUACAAGGUUUUUGUCCAGUGAAAAUUGAAAUUACUCAAUUUCCUCUUGGAUUUCAUCUUACACCUGUAAUUGCUUUUGUUCACUUUUUGCUGGGGGCUGGGGAGGGGGUGUUGGCUGCGGGAGAAUGAGUAGUUUGCCAAGUUUUCUUUUUUUUGCUGUUUCUUAAAGUUUAUGAAUUAAUUUAUGACCAACAUUCACUGUGUUUUACAGGAUGAUGACAAUGAAGGAAUUCAGGUUUCAAAUGAAAUGGCCAACAGGAUGUCCCUAUUUUAUGCUUAUCCCACUCCUAUCUUAAAAAUCCUCAGUGAUGCCACAUCAAAGUUUGUCACAGAGGUAUGAAGUGCUCAUUAUAAGUUUCUUAAAGUACACAUGGGCAACUGACUGUUUACAGUUCAGGCGCAGAUCCACACCUGUUUCAAUCUGAAAUCAGUCAGAUUGUUCAUAAUAAACAUUUUUCCAAAGUUCAAAUCUGGAAAAAUGGUUUGGACGAAUUUGUCCAAACCAUUUGAUGUUUUUUUUUCUUUUUCGUAGCUUUUCUUCCAACUUCCAGGCAUUAGAAAUAAUGAUAUUAAUAAUCUGCCGAGUUGAAAGGCUUCAUCCAAGGAGAAUGGAACUGGCCAAUAUCCUGUCUCAGUGACUCAGAAACCCAGGAACAGCAAAGGGGACUUUAGGGAGUUAAAAUCUAAAAACGUUCUUAGAGAAGCAUUGUCUGAUGAUCUUUUGAAACUUAUCAGUUGUACGCUCUUUAACAAUUUUAUUUAUGUUUUUCCCUUUUUCAGAACAAAUCUAUUCCCAUAGAAAAUACAACAAAUUUCCUUAGUGUGUUAGCAAAUCUAUGCAGAACAAUGCUAGAAGAUCCGUGAGUACUUGAUGUUCAUUGCUCUACUAAUUGACCAUAAAUUUAAAUUCAACGUAGGGUGUUGUGUUGUGUUGAAAUGUGCAAAACCUUGAAACCAUGAGUUGUAACUUAAAUGUCUUUGUUUGUAUUUUGCUUAACACCCAUUAAGUCGUGAGUGGCUGUCACGAAUGGUUUGGCAUUUCCUUUGUGCACCACAGCCUAAACAGCAAUACAACACAAUGUUCAUCAUGAGUGUACUAUUAAAUUCUCUGUCAAUAUCAAUUAGAGUCUUAGGCUUCUUAUAAUUGUUUUUUUUUUUCGGCGUAAUCACAAAAUCUUGUUUGUUUCUUGUAGGGAGUUUCCCUCGAAAAUCGCAAACCAAGAAACAUAUCUUUUUUGUCUUCGUGUAAUGGUGAGUUUUGUCCAAGAUUGCAGUCUUGGACAGAUUAAAAUGGAACAGCAAACCUCUCAUCCCCCCAAACUAUCAAGGAUGAAACCACCCAAAGUCCAAAACGCGCCAUUUUCCCAUCAUUGAUUUCUUUGUUGUUGUUGUUGUUUGGUGGGGGUGGGGGUGGGGAGUGGUUUCCGUUUCUGUUUACCUUCUCCAAGAUUGUAGCCUGCCUAGCAGUAGCGGUUUGUCAGGGCGAGUUCAUCAGCUUUCGCGAAAUAACUCGAUCGGAAACGCUCGCUAGGCUAGCUGUAAUGAAUCUCGUUUAAAUAUACUAGUUUGUAGAAAUGUGUAAUUGAAAUGAAAUGUAUUUUUUCCAGGUUGGUCUUAUAAUUCUUUAUGAUCAUGUACAUCCCAUAGGAGCAUUCGCUAAAAACUCAACUAUAGAUGUAAGUUUAUUAUUUAAAUCUACUUCUAAUAAUUUUUAUUAUACAUUCAAAAUAUUUCUCCGUUUCUGAUUGGCGAAAAUCCCACUCAUUCAUCAUAACAAGCUACUGUCGACCAAAUUUGGAAGAAUUUUGCGAUUUGGGAAAAAUGACGUCAAUUGUGCAGCAAAAUUGCCAGAUUAUUGAACCGCCAACCGAGAAGACCUGAGGCCGAGGUUGAGAUGUUUUGGUAGUGAGUACAAAAAGGCGGAACAUUUGACUCGUUUCACAAAGAAGAAAUGAGCGAACUAUUGGCUUAAAAUAUACCAAGAACAGCAAGAAGACAACUUGACUGACGCCAUCUGCUAUUUGGAGAAUAUAUGCAGUGUUGAGCAACCCUUUAUCUCCUAAACUUGCCGAUAAACAAGUAACUGAAGAUGAACUUAAAAUCGAUAGAGGUAAGCAUGUAUUAGCUUGUUUUUAAACGAGGUUCAAUUGUUAAUAAAACAACUAUUGAAUUCGGCUUUCGUAUAAUCUGAAGAAUUAUGGAGAUCUCAGAGGGUGGCUCAGCAGCCUCAUCCAAUUUGUUAAUUCUCCAUCCACAUGAAACCUCUUUGGUGGUCGGACUUUCGCGCGGCACCAUUUCGUUUGACAUUCUCUGUUUAAAUGAGAUUUGGAAUUUUUCUUUAAUCAGUGUCUGAAAGGGCUUAGAAAGACUUUCUUUAAGUCCGUUAUUGUUGGGUUAUCUCGUGAAUUCGCUAUAUAAAAAGUCGACUUUUGAGCCAGUCUAGGGCUUGAAUAAUAUGUAGUCCUAGAAAAUAUCCAUACCGCCCACCCCUUCCCUUACGGACGGCGAUGGAAAUUCCUAGGCAAGGGGGUCCAACAGGACGCAAUUUCCGAAGGGGUGGGGAGUGGCUUCUCGAGUUCUUUUUUCCGGGGCUCCGAGUAAGACUGGUGAGUUAUCAAAAACUAACAUCCUCUCCGUUGAGCAAGCUGGCAGUUAUUGUACUGUUAACGGUCUUAAAAUAAGAAUUAUUGUUUUGAUUGAUGAUAUUUUAUGAACGGUCGGCUGAAUUUUGUUUUUCACGCCUUAUGCGACAGAUAGUUGUCAUUGGCGUCUAAAUCAAAAGUCUCCUCCGUAGGGGGGGUGGGGGGGCGGGGGUAUGGAUAUUUUUUUCCGGGAAUACACAAUUACAGGGACUCUCAAUGAACACCCACGGUAAACAAUUUUAAACUGUUUACUAUGAACCCUGCAUUAGUUUGAGUUGAUAGAUAUUGUGGGCUUAAGUUUCCAAAGCAAUUGGUCACACAUAUUUUCAUCUGCUUUUCUAACCAACAAGAAGCAAUUAUUUUCCUGGGCUUUAGGACAAAAGGACGAAAAGAACAUCUUAGCUUUUCAAUUCUCUGUCUACUAAUAGGCCAUUUCCGAGUUCCCCCGGGCCUCUGUUUCUUAACGAGGGUAGGUGCUCAGCCUUUGAUAUUUCAUUCUCAUGCAAAUAAAACUCAUUUUCACAAGAAAGGUUGUGCACGUAGCCUCAUUUUGAAAGUGAGGGUUUUUGGAACUCGGCAACUUGAAAUCUUUCUGGAAACCCUUAUAGUUUUUUCAUAAAGAGAAAGCUUUCAAGAUAUUUAUAUGGGACCAUAACGUCUUGAUUUCAGAUAUACGUUGUGCUUUACUUAAGUUUUUUUAUCGUAUGUAACUUGUUAAUGAUGUCUGGUUUUGGUAUUACAGAUAAAAGCAACAAUAAAAGUGUUAAAAGAUCAACAACAAGGUUCGGUAGAUGGUCUCCUUAAUGCUUUACGGUAAGAAUGCUUAGAUCAUAGUCUUAAACACUUCUGUAAGAUUGUUAUGUUAAGGGCACACAAUUAUCAAAAAAGGAAGAAGACAGAGACCAUUGCUUUCAUAAUGUAAUAGACCAAACUAGUCCUAGGUGUUAUCCUCUUUAAAUUUGUCCAGGAUACCCUGGGUAUAAGAGAUUUUUUUUUCGCGUGUGGCGGGAAUCUUCGGUGAAGCUUCAGUGCCGGCGGAAGGCUGCCUUAUCUUCAGCCGUAGACUAAGACCGAAGCCACGGGCAUGACAAAGUCCGUAUAACCGCGCAGGAAAAAUUUCUGGCACCCAGGGUAUAUCCAGGGCUGUGGCCUGACGAAAAUCUGUACCAAGGAAUGUAAAUUAACCUUUUUAUUCUGGCGCCGCCCAAAUAGAGUAAUCGAGUUCGCUUGUCGUUUGAUUCAAACUCAAAAGGGUACGAAACCUGAAAGAAAAACGCGUACUAGCAAUUGACAAUGUUUUAUUGGUGUUUGUUAUACACCUGUCUGGUGUAUAAAAAAAGGUUCGGAUUUAUUUUAACCAAUCACAAAACUGGUAUAGCGAUGCAAACCAAAACAGUCACGAAAUUACUUCAACACUCUUAUGAGAAAUACCUUUAUCGUUCUCUGUGGCUCCUUUGGGAUGAUCAGGAUUAGGAUUGGCCGUUUUCACACUAUAGGACGCAUUAUCCGUCAAGAUGGAUAGUGCAUCUGUGGCUGUUUUUAUACUACAGUCGUAUUAUCUGUCUGGACGAACUUGGGCAAACAUUUGAAGUUCGUCUUAUUAUGGGUCACGAGUAUAAAGACGGGCGCAAGACAUAUUAUGCGCCUGGACGAACUAUCCUUCGUAAGACGUCUGGAACGACGCACUACGAAAGGUACUGAGUUCGUCUGAACGCAUCAUGCGUCUUGUGCCCGUCCUUAUACUUGAGACUCGUAACCAGACGAACUACAAAGUGUUUGCCCAAGUUACCGCGGCAGCCUUAGCUCAGUCGGUAGAGCGCUUGACUGCAGAGCGGGAGGUAGCGGGUUCGAUUCCCGGGACCGGACCAAUACUCAGGGUCUUAAAAAUAACUGAGAAUUGAAGGUACUGCCUUAACGGCUGGACCUUCGCGUGGCUCGGAUGACCACGUAAAAUGGCGGUCCCGUCAACUGAAGGAGACGUAAAAAAUAGUGUCUCCAAUUAGUGCUUUCGUGCUAAAUACAUUGACACUCAAAUAAAGUGCCUUUUUUUUUUCGUCUAGACGGAUAGUGCGUCCUCGGUAUAAAAACGGCCAUUCAUGAUCCAAGAUCACUCGGAUCAUGGUGCAUCAAUUCGACACUUUAGAAACGAGAAGGGCGCUUUCCAUUCAACAAAAAUUCCGGUUUGAAAUUUCGGAAAUUCCACUUGCCCAAUGGAACGAUACAUUCCGGUUGCACAGACCUGACCCAAGCCACCACGUGUUACUGUCUGGUUAUUGCUCUUGUAAGCAUGACGCAAAAGAGCAGUACUGGGCCAACAGUGUUCAGUACUGGGCCAACAGUGUUUUCAAAUGAAAAGGGACAUUUUGGUCCGAACGACAGAAAUGACCGGACCGGUCAAAGUGCACCACCUUCAAAGGUUGUCCCAAGUAUUCCGGUCAGACCGAACGGAUGGUCCAUUCCAUUUUAUUUCUAUCCGAAAUUUCCGGAAUUUUGGGCUGAAUGGAAAGUGCCCAUUUCAGCUUCUUGCUUAGAAUUCGAAAUUAGAUCAUCUGAUCAAGGCCCCCUUUCUUUCUGGUUUUAGGUAUAGUACGAAGCACUUAAACGAUGAUACUACGCCAAAGAACAUCAAAGCCCUUCUUGUUUGAGAGAUCGUCCGUUGAAAUUAUCUUGAAGGCUCUGGGUGAUGGCCGUGGUGCUUAAAAUAACGCUGAACUUUGCAGGCAGAAUGUAACCAGGGUUGAUGUAUAAAACUUCUAACACUCUAUCUACUUAAACGCAACUUAAACAUUAAUUAAUUUCUUUCCACUGGGAACCAUGAUCAAAACUUCCUCUAUCAACACGUGUAUUAUCUUAUAUUGGGGUCGCCUUUCGCUGUUAUCUGGUGUUGUCUUGUAUAAAUAACGAAACUACAUGGUCCCUUUUUUUUGCGAGCAAACUCUUUAAGAUUGCAGGAAAAGCCAAGAUCAGGCAGUGGCUGACAUUGUACAAUGCGCGACUGAGAGUUGUCGGGCGGGCGAGCGACGGGUGAGCAAAUCGAGUGAGAAUAAUUGAGUUAAACUAGUGUGAGCCGAGAGGAAAUUAGAGAAAAAACGCGUUUGCUUGGUCAACGUUGAGCACGGUACAUCGUUUACUGCGCUUUUCACAAACAUGCGAACUCUAUAUUUCAAAAGCCGCCUUCACAAUUGCGUUUUUCGCUGCCGUCAAUCAUAAUUAUGAUCACAAGCAACGAACCAGGAAACACAGAAACACACAAAACGGAUCGAAAUCCACCAAUCACAAACCUUGACCUUUUGAACCGGUUAAAGUAAAGUUUCGUGUCCUAAGAGGUCCGU